AUGAUAAAAGUAUUCAUCUUAUUAUAAUUAUUAGGUUAUAAAUUAUAUUUGGGAUAUAAAUAUCUUGAAGCCAUAGAAGUACUAGAUCAAUCUAUAUAAAAAGAUCCAAAUAAUCAUCAAUCAUUAUGGUGUAAAGGUUAAGUAAUAAAUAAUCAAUAGGUGAAUGCUUAAGAUUAUUAAAUAAAUAUGAGGAUGCAAUCACUUGGUAUGACAAAGCAUUAAUUAUUGAUACGAAGCAUGUUUUUUCUUUAUGUGGAAAAGGUAGAUUGCAUCAUAAUUUAAUUAAUAGGUGAUAGCUUAAGAUUAUUAAAUAAAUAUGAGGAUGCAAUCACUUGGUAUGACAAAGCAUUAAUUAUUGAUACGAAGCAUGUUUUAUCUUUAUUUGGAAAAGGUAGAUUGCAUCAUAAUUUAAUUAAUAGGUGAUAGCUUAAGAGGAUUAACCAAAUAUGAGGAUGCAAUCACUUGGUAUGACAAAGCAUUAAUUAUUGAUACGAAGCAUGUUUUUUCUUUAUGUAGAAAAGGUAGAUUGAAUCAUAAUUUAAUUAAUAGGUGAUAGCUUAAGAGGAUUAACCAAAUAUGAGGAUGCAAUCACUUGGUAUGACAAAGCAUUAAUUAUUGAUACGAAGCAUGUUUUUUCUUUAUGUGGAAAAGGUAGAUUGCAUCAUAAUUUAAUUAAUAGGUGAUAGCUUAAGA